AUGUUAAGUCCGAACGCGAUGACAGCCCCUCACCUUAAAUCGGACGAAGUCAUCCUCUUGCCUAAAACUGUUUCGCCUGCAACACUCGAGCAAGAGAUUGUAAAGAGAUACAAGCAGCUACGACUCCAUGGUCUCAAAGUCGAUCCUCGGUCAUUCUCCUCAACCUACGAGGACGAGUCCAAGUUCGAAGACGACGUAUGGUUAUCCCGGAUACACAACCCAGUUGGCAAGACUUUUGCCGCUGUGGCCGACUUCAACGCUCAAUCACAAACCAUCCCGGCUGAAACGCUUGUUGAAGCCAAUGAAGCCGAUGAUGCGCUUGAAAGGUUACUACGCAAAGAAUGGGUGGGCAUCGUGUCACUGCUGGGACCGGGGGUGUUCUCCAGGCCAAACGAGGGCGUCGCGACAGGGCUGAACCAGCCUUACGAAGUGUUCAUACAGAACAACAAGUACCAAAUUCCAAUGACCACAUCUGAGCUGGGUGAUUUGAGCGGUGCACAUCUGGUUUACCUGAUUGUGGGCAUGUUUGUUUCACCUUCAGGCCGGCGACGAGGACACGGACAGCGUCUCAUGGAGGCGGCAAUUGCGGCUGCUACCGAGGAGGUUCGCGCGCUUGGAGGAAGCAAAGCGAGCAUCACUGUGCAGGUCGAGUCUGGCAAUCUGCGUGCACAGCGUCUAUACGAGAGAGUGGGGUUCAAGGUGGUCGAUGAAGCAAUAGUAAUUGAGAACCGUCAGGGGGCAAAGUCGGCGGCAGUGUGCUUGGAGCUGGAAGUUGAUAUUUCGAUUUGA